AUGCCGUCACCCACCGAGCCGGAGAGUGCCGCCCAGGACGCGCCGACGCGGCCAUUCGCGUCGUUCCGGCUGCCGGCCUACGCACCUGAAGAAGCCGAGCUCUGGCUGGUGCAGGUCGAGUGUGCCUUCGCCGUCGCCGGCAUCACGGAUGACCACGACAAGUUCCGGCUGCUGGUGGCCAACCUGCCUGUGCAUGUCGCUUCACAAGUUCGAGACGUGAUAACAGCCGAGACCGGCUCGUUCUCAGAACUAAAAGGGGCCCUGAGCACGCGCCUGGCCCAGUCGCGCGCCUCACGCCUCGAGGCACUCCUCCGCGACCACCAGCUGGGCGACAGGAGGCCCACGCAGCUGUUGCGCAGCAUGCAGCACAUGCUGGGCAGCGCGGGCCACGACCUCGGCCUUCUCAGGACGCUGUUCCUGCAGCGCCUGCCGCCGACGACCCGCGCCGCCCUCGCGCUGCUGCCGGAGGACACUGGUAUUGACGACCUGGCCAGCGCGGCCGACCGAUUCCAGGAGGCCUCUGGCGGUGCCGCCGUGACUGCUGUUUGCACGCCGACGGCCGGCGUCGCUGCCGCCUGUGGCCCGCCGGCCGGCCCUGGGGUCACGCUCGCCCCGCCGGCCAGCGCGGUGGCCGCCGCCGGACCGCCCGCCGCCUGCGGGUGCGGUAACUCCGGCAUGGCCGCUGCCGUCACCGCCCUCACCGCUGCGGUAGCACGCAUCGAGGCCGUGUUCCAGCGGGGCGGUGCCGACGCUCCUCGGCGUGGCCGCUCCCGCUCCCGUCCGCGCCGACCCGCACCUGCCUCGUCUGGCAGUUCUCAACCGGCAUCGGUGACACCUGAUGAAGGGUACUGCUGGUACCACCAGAAGUACGGCGCGGAGGCCCACCGCUGCAGACCGCCGUGCUCCUGGUCGGGAAACUAG